CUGCCCCACAGGGCAGGGCUACAACCCAGGAGUCCUGGCCCCAUGCCCACCCCUCCCCAUUGUGUGCUGGGCAGGGGCGUGGGAGUCACUCAAAGGUUCCCGGUUCGUCCCCUGCAGAGGAAGUGACUGUUGCCGGUCCCGGCCCGGAGCUCAGUCGACCCAGGGCUCAGUCGUGGCGCGAUGGGGAACCUGCAGGGAGUGCUGCACGAGCCCGCGCGCACCUGUGCCUUCAGCCUCUGCUCCCGGCAGAGGGGCUCCGUGCCCGAGGACGGCGCCGGCUGCGCCAAGGCCAGCUCUGUGCCCGUCCGCCCCAUUGAGCCCCCGAGAUACUCGCGGAUCAAGAACUGGGAAGCAGGUACCAUCGCCUACGACACGCUCAGUGCGCAGGCCACGCAGGAGCUGCCCUGCACUGGGAAGCGGUGUCUGGGCUCCCUGAUGUUCCCCAAGCAGAUGGUUUGCCAGGCGGAUGAGGGGCCCCCAGCCAAGGAGGAGCUGCUGCCCCUGGCCCGGGACUUCAUCCACCAGUACUACAGCUCCAUCAAGCGGGCUGACUCCAGGGUCCACAUGCAGCGGGUGCAGGAGGUGGAGCAGGAGAUCGAGGCAACGGGCACCUAUCAGUUGCUGGAGCCUGAGCUGAUCUUUGGGGCCAAGCAAGCCUGGCGCAACGCGGCCCGCUGCCUGGGCCGCAUCCAGUGGAACAAGCUGCAGGUGUUCGACGCCCGCGACUGCGCCAGCGUCCAGGAGAUGUUCGGCUUCCUGUGCACUCACCUCCAGUACGCCACCAACCGAGGCAACCUCCGGUCGGCCAUCACCAUCUUCCCGCAGCGCAUGCCAGGCCGGGGCGACUUCCGCAUCUGGAACAGUCAGCUGAUCCGCUACGCUGGGUACCGGCAGCCAGACGGCUCUGUGCUGGGGGACCCAGCCAAUGUCGACAUCACCGAGGUACGGACUGUCCCCCAGCUCCCCCUGCCUCCCACCCCUCACCGCUACAACCUGCUGCAGGAGGUGGCCCUGCACAUGGGGCUGGACACCGGGAAAACCUCGUCGCUGUGGAAGGACAAAGCCGCUGUGGAGAUCAACAUCGCCGUGCUGCACAGCUUCCAGGUUGCCAAGGUGACAAUCGUGGAUCACCACGUGGCCACGGAGUCCUUCAUCAAGCACAUGGAUAAUGAGCUGCAGAUGCGCGGGGGGUGCCCGGCCGACUGGGUCUGGAUCGUGCCUCCCAUCUCGGGCAGCCUCACGCCCGUGUUCCACCAGGAGAUGGUCAACUAUCUGCUCUCUCCCUGCUUCCGGUACCAGGGAAUGCCACAAUCCCCAGGCUUCAAGAUUUGCCAGGACUGCAUGCCUAAAAGUGACCCUCCCAAACACCUCCUGCUUCAGCUGUCAGGUACCUCCAGCGUCAACGCGGUCAGCCAUGGCAUCAUCACCAACAUUGGCACUGACCGCGGCACUGCCCUUGACGACGCCUGCAGCACCGGAGGUGUCAGCAGCUCAGACUGCUUCUAUGGUGCCAGCUGCGCCUUCGGCACCAACAACGGCACUGGCACCAGCAUCAACACUGGCUGCAGGGGCAGUGGAGGAGGUUCUCAGGAGUACAGAGGCAAGGGCUUCUAUUCCCAGUAUUUCCUAAUACUGAAAGCCGAAGGUGGCCUCAGGCCCGUCCAUGAUCCUGUUGAAUUCCUGCAGGUCCAGAAGAAACUCAAGUUCCGUAUGGUCUUAUUGGCCUCCAUCAUCCGCUCACUGGAUCCAGCAGACUGGUAUGCCACCCUCAACUUGAAGGACGUGUACUUUCAUAUUGCGGUCACCCAGCCCCACAGGAAGUACCUCAGCUUUCUGGUGAACAACACCCACUACCAAAUUACAGUUCUCCUGUUCGGCCUGUCAGCAGCACCUCGAGCCUUCACCAAGUGCGUGGCAGUCGUUGCUGCAUUCCUGUGCAGACACCAGGUACAGGUGUUCCCGUACCUCAACAACUGGCUGAUCAAGGGCCACUCCAGGACCCAAGUGGAAGCUCAAGUCAAAUUCAUCAAGGCCACCUGUGACAGCCUGGGUCUCCUUCUAAACGAAGCAAAAUCGACUCCGUCCCUGGUCCAGAGGAUAGAAUUUAUCGGGGCAAUAUUGGACUUGACCCAGGCCAGGGCAUACCUGCCGCAAGCGAGGUUUCAGGCCCUGACCAAUAUCAUUAGAGGCCUCAGACAGUUUCCCACCACUACAGCAAGAAACUGCCUGAAGCUUCUCAGACACAUGGCUGCCUGUACCAACAUGGAGCAGCAGGGCGCAGAUAAGCGCGUCCGGGUGUGGCAGGAGCAGCAGGGCGCGGAUAAGCGCGUCCGGGUGUGGCAGGAGCAGCAGGGCGCAGAUAGGCGUGUCCGGGUGUGGCAGGAGCAGCAGGGCACGGAUAGGCAUGUCUGGGCGUGGCAGGAGCAGCAGGGCACGGAUAGGCGUGUCGGGGUGUGGCAGGAGCAGCAGGGCGUGGAUAGGCGUGUCCGGGUGCUCUGCAUGGACGAGUACGACAUCGUCAGCCUGGAGCAUGAGACCCUGGUAUUGGUCGUGACCAGCACCUUCGGCAACGGCGACCCGCCAGAGAGUGGGGAGAGCUUUGCCAAGGCGCUGAUGGAGAUGUCCUGCCCCUAUGUCAGCUCCACGCAGCCCGAGCAACAAAAGAGCUACAAGGUGCGGUUCAACAGCGUCUCGCAGAGCGACGGACUUGUGGCCUCGUGGAAGAAGAAGCGGAAGGAGUCGAGCAACACGGACAGUGCCGGGGCCCUGGGCACGCUCCGGUUCUCAGUCUUCGGGCUGGGCUCCCGGGCCUACCCCCACUUCUGUGCCUUCGCCCACGCCGUGGACACGCGGCUGGAGGAGCUGGGAGGCGAGCGCAUCCUGGCCAUGGGGGAGGGUGACGAGCUGUGUGCCCAGGAGGAGGCCUUCCGCACCUGGGCCAAACGCGUCUUUCAGGCCGCCUGCGACACCUUCUGCGUUGGGGACGAUGCCGAGGAGGCCGCCAGGGAGAUUUUCACCACCUGGCGAAACUGGAAGCGCCAGAAAUACCAGCUGAGCAUCCAUGCCAACCCCCCGGACACACUGACAGGUACCUGCCAGCCAGAUGCCCAGCAAUACGAGGAGUGGAAGUGGUUCCGGUGCCCCACGCUGGGCCAGGUGCUGGAGCAGUUCCCCUCGCUGGCGUUGCCCGCCUCCCUGCUGCUCACCCAGCUGCCCCUGCUGCAGCCACGUUACUACUCGGUCAGCUCCGCGCCCAGCGCCCACCCCGGCCAGAUCCACCUCACCGUGGCCGUGCUGGCCUACCGCAGCCAGGACGGCCAGGGGCCCCUGCACUUCGGCGUCUGUUCCACCUGGCUGGCCCAGCUUCAGGAGGGGGACAUGGUGCCCACCUUCAUCAGAGGGGCCCCGUCCUUCCGGCUCCCGCAGGACCCCAGCGCCCCCUGCAUCCUGGUGGGUCCAGGCACCGGCAUCGCCCCCUUCCGGGGGUUCUGGCAGCAGCGGCUGCACGACAUGGAGACAGAAGGCCUCCGAGUGGGCGAGAUGAUCCUGGUGUUUGGCUGCCGCUGUGCCCGCCUUGACCACCUCUACCAGCAGGAGGCGCUGGAGGCCCAGCAGAAAGGGGCGCUGAGCCGGGUGCUGACAGCCUUCUCCAGGGACCCCGACGUCCCCAAGGCCUACGUGCAGGACAUCCUGCGGACGCAGCUGGCAGACGACGUGUACCAGGUGCUGUGCCAGCGCGGAGGCCACCUCUACGUCUGUGGGGACGUCACCAUGGCCACCGGUGUCCUGCAGACGGUGCAGCAGAUCCUGGCCCAGGAGGGAGGCAUGACGCUGGCUGAGGCCGGAGACUUAAUCAGCGAACUCCGGGACCAGAACCGCUACCACGAGGACAUCUUCGGCCUGACAUUCCGCACGCAGGAGGUGGCCUCACGGAUCCGCUCUCAGUCCUUCUCGGCGCAGGCACGGAGCCUGCUGGACUCUGCCCCCUGACUGGCCCCUGGCUCCUCAGCCCAUGGGGGUGGGGGGCAAGGCCCUUUGCCUCAUUGCUGCUGCUUCCCUGCCCUCUGGAGCCCCUCAAUAAAGCAUUUAGUUUUGGUAA